AUAUAAUAUCCAUAACGUUCAACUCCUGCAAGUGCAGACUCAGAUUCAAACCCAUCAACCUAGAGAGAGAAACAAGCAGAUAUUUCUAGAGAGAGAAAGAAUCAUGAGAACAAGCAACCACUUGAUUGGCUUACUAAACUUCCUCACUUUCCUCCUCUCAAUCCCCAUUCUCGCCGGCGGCAUAUGGCUGAGCACGCGCGCCAACAACACCGACUGCAUGAGCUUCCUGCAGUGGCCCUUAAUCUUCAUCGGAGUCUCCAUCAUGGUCGUCUCACUCGCCGGUAUCGCCGGCGCGUGUUAUCGAAACACCUUCCUCAUGUACCUUUACCUCUGGGCUAUGUUCAUUAUUAUCGCUGUGCUAAUCGGGUUCAUUAUUUUUGCUUAUGCUGUUACGGAUAAAGGUUCGGGUCGACCCGUUUUGAACCGGGUCUACCCGGAUUACUACUUGCAGGAUUAUUCGGGUUGGCUUAAGGAUCGGGUUGCUAGUGAUGGUUACUGGGGUAAAAUUAGAUCUUGUAUUCAUGAUUCCAAAGCUUGUGCUAAAACGGGUCGGGUCGUUGCUGGGUAUCCGGAGACUGCUGAUAUGUAUUAUCUUCGGAAGCUUAAUCCGAUUCAGUCUGGAUGUUGCAAGCCACCAACCGAGUGCGGAUACAUCUAUGUGAAUGAGACUGUAUGGAACCCGGUGAACUCAGCCGCCUUUCCUAGCAAUCUUGACUGCAAUAGGUGGAGCAACGAUCAAGAGCAAUUGUGCUACAAUUGUGACUCGUGCAAGGCAGGAGUGUUAGGGAGCCUUAAGAAGAGUUGGAGGAAGGUGUCGGUUAUCAACAUUGUUGUUCUAAUUAUAUUGGUCAUCGCGUAUGUUAUUGCUUGUGCUGCGUUUAAGAACAACAAGAGGAUGGAUAACGAUGAACCGUAUGGUGCUACCAGGAUGGAGAAGGCGCGACCCACUCGGAUACAUUUCUAGUUGUUUUGAAUGUUGUUUGGAUUUAAGAUGAUUUUUGCCGUUUGAUGGGGACAUGUUUUUCUUUUCCGGUGGUUUUGUAUUGAAUUUUAUCUUUUUGAAGGAAGUUGGACAUGUGUAUAUAUGGUAGAUUUGUUUUUAAA